GUGGUCACGGGCGGUGGAACAGGUGGGGAUAAAUUCUUUCCUAAUAUGCAAGUUUGUUGAUUUAUGGAUAGGCAUCGGAUUGAUGAUAGCACAAGCACUCGAGGCGAAUGGUGCGAUCGUGUACAUCCUGGGGCGCCGAGAGGAGGUGUUGAAGCAGGCAGCCAGUACAGCGAAGCAUGGAAACAUACACUACUUCAAGACCGAUGUGACAUCGAAGUCCGAUCUCUCCGCAGCAGUCGACCACAUCGCUGCUAAAUCCGGCUACGUCAACCUCGUUGUCGCCAACUCCGGCAUUCAAGGUCCAACACUAAAAGGUUUGGAAAAGGGCGCAUCGAUAACCGAAUUCCGCGAUCACCUAUGGAACUGGGAUAUGGACGACUUCACGCAAACCUUUUCUGUCAAUACUACAUCUGCUUUCUUUACGAUGGUUGCAUUCCUUGAGCUGCUUGACAAAGGGAACAAAGCCGGCAACAUCGAGCAGAAGAGUCAGGUUAUAUGCAUCAGUAGUGCGGGUGCUUUCAACCGCGUACCGAUGGCGGGCUAUGCGUAUGCUGGCUCCAAGUCGGCAGCAGUACAUAUCAUGAAGGCAUUGGCGACGACAUUGGUGCCGUACGAUAUUCGCUCCAAUGUACUUGCGCCUGGUUUAUACCCCAGUGAAAUGACCGCGAGCAUGCUCAACCAGAAAACGUGGCCAAGAGACUUUAUACCCGAUCAAAGAGCUGGUAAUAUCAAGGAUAUGGCGGGUGCAAUACUAUUCCUCACGAGUAGAGCCGGAGGAUACGUGAAUGGCAAUGUCCUGCUUACUGAUGGUGGGCGUUUGAGCAUCCUGCCUGCGACUUACUGAAAUGGCAAGAGGAGGGUUCGUUUCCACUUUCUAGAUCAGAAGCCUGGUUAGUUCCAUUGUAUAUAGAUCAUCAAGAACGUUUGUCAUUGUAGGCUACAACUGAUUCAAUGCUCUUCAAAGUACUCAAGACACGGAACC